AUGGACCAACUGUCGAGAGCUUUGGGUAUUGGCUCAAAAGGCAGCUUGCGUUUCGAGCUCGACCGUGCAAGCUACGAACCUGGAGAUAUCGUUACUGGUAGAGUGUCCCUGUCCGUUUCUGUCGAUGUCAAGAUCAAGGGAGCGUUGGUUCUAGUGGUGUAUGGCGAAGAGUACGUCAAGUUUAACGAGAUGCACGGCGAAAUGGUCGUGCCUCGCAAGUAUGAGAACCAGCUCAUGGCCGACCAAGUGAUGCUCUUUGAAGAAAGCUGUACAUCUUUGGCAGUCGGGGAGUACGACUUCCCUUUCCGCUACCAACUUCGUUCGACUCUACCGGGCACUUUCCACAUUGACCACCGCUGUACUCCGGAUAUCUGCGACAUCGAGGCUGCAGUCAAGUACGAGCUUCGACUGCGGGUGCCUCUGAAAGGUGUUCUUACAGCUGACAUAAAGGCGAAGCAGCCGCUUUUUGUCAAUGUCACUCAGACCGCACAGUUCAUUCAACCUCGCACAGAAGCCACUGUCCAGCACGCAAAGCUUUGCGGGAUCAUUCGUCAAGGAUACUGCGAGAUCUCGGGGACCCUUGAUAGCGACGUCUGCGUUGUUAAUGAGUCGCUACAAAUUCGAGUGUCCGUGACCAACGGCUCGAAUCUGGACGUGAAGUCCGUGUCGGUGCGUCUCAACGAGACGCUUGUGAUACGUGCAAACAAUGACCGUGGGGAGAUCAAGGCUCAGACUUGUCUCGUUAAGAAGAAUUACCAUGGAGUAAAGGCUGGAGCGACUUUGACCGACCAAACGUAUUCGCUCGAUCUGAUCGGACGGUCGGAGCGAUACGCUGUUCGUCCUCCAGUGGCCUCUAGUAUCGUCAAAACGAGUCACCACAUUGAAAUUCGGUGCAGCUUUCUUCUAAGCCCGAACGUGCACGUUGAGAUUCCUGUGAAGAUUGUAGCUUCGCAGGGGAGGGAAGUGACGAGAAUAUCGCAAGAGGUCGUGAUGGAUCACAUGACGAAGACUGUGUAA